AUGGCAGAAAACGAAAAUUUAGGAAAUAUCGAGAAUGUUUCUGGAACUUCAGGAGCAGGUAAUGAUCAUGCCUCAGGCUCUGGGGUUCACGUGUACUGUAGAGUCAGGCCUCCAAAUGAGGCAGAGAAAACUCAUGGCAAUGGUUUGCUAUGUGUAAAUGUGAGAUCAGAACAAUGUAUAGAGAUUAGCUCAUCAGAAUCUAAGAAUGAUAGUGAAACAAAAGAGAGAACCUUCUAUUUAGAUCACAUUUUUCCCAUGGAUACUAAUCAAAGUUACGUUUAUAAAACUGCCGCAAAACCUAUUGUUGACCAGUUAUUCAAAGGUAUUAAUGGAACAGUUUUGGCUUAUGGACAAACUUCUAGUGGGAAAACAUUUACAAUGGAAGGUAUAAUAGGAGACAAUGAAAAGAUGGGAGUUAUUCCUCGUAUGGUCCAUGAUGUAUUUGAAACCAUUAGUAAUGCUGAGGAACACAUUGAGUUUCAACUAAAGGUUUCUAUUUGUGAGGUUUAUAUGGAAAGGAUAAGAGAUUUAUUGGAUACAAGUGGAACGAAAAGCAAUUUGAGAAUACAUGAAGAUAAGAUACAUGGUAUCUAUGUAAAGGACUUGAGUGAAUACUUUGUUACUUCUCCAGAAGAAGUUUUUGAACUUAUGGCUUUGGGUCAUAAGCAUAGAGCUGUAGCAUCUACGAAUAUGAAUUCAUACUCUUCAAGAUCUCAUUUAAUUUUUAUGUUACAGCUUCAACAAAAGAAUGUAUUCGAUUCCAGCAUCAAAGUUGGCAAACUUUUCCUCGUUGAUCUUGCAGGAUCAGAAAAAAUCAGUAAGACUGGAGCAGAAGGGUUGACUUUAGAUGAAGCUAAAACCAUUAAUAAAUCUUUAAGCUGUUUGGGAAAUGUAAUUAAUGCUCUAACAGAUAAUACCAAGAACUUUAUUCCUUAUCGUGAUUCUAAAUUAACAAGAAUUCUUCAAAAUUCUCUUGGUGGUAACUCUCUUACUGCUUUAAUUGUCACUUGUUCUCCAAGUAUUGUUAAUGAAUCCGAAACUAUUGGUACUUUAAGAUUUGGAAUCAGAGCUAAAAUGGUUAAGAACGCUCCUAAAGUUAACCAACAAUUUUCUGUUGAACAAUUACAAGUACUACUUAACUCGGCACAAAGAAAGUUGGCGGAAAGAGAUAACUAUAUUCAAGCUCUAGAGGACUUGGUUAAAAAGCUCGGAGGAGAACUCCCUGAAAAUAAACCGUGUGUAGGUAAAGGAACCAGUCUGGUACUUAAUUCUUCCUUAAACAUUAGAGGAAGCAAGGAACUUCAAGAAACACCUAUUUCUUCAGGCUCAGAAAAGACUACGUUGAAUUUGAGAACCUUGGAUAAUGAUGAAUUAGAUGAAUUAGAAGAAGCCAAACAACAACUUAAAGAGAAUAGCGAAAAAAUCACUCAGUUAAAACAGGAGAUUUCAGAGAAGGAAAAUAAUUUGAAGCUUGUAUCUGAAGAAAAGGAAAACUUAAAUGUUAAACUUUCUGAUAUAAUCCAAGAAUUAAACCAAGUUAAAUAUCAACAACAAGAUCAAGAAGAAACUGUUGAGCAUCUUCAGCUUAAAAAUAAGUCUCUGAUAGGAGAGCUUGAACAAUCACAGAUUCAUAUUCAAGACUUAGAAGCUAGGAUUGAAGGAUAUAAAUCAGAGGAGUUACAAAAAAGGAAUGAAGAAAAGGAAAAUGAAGCUAAAAAAGCUUAUCAGAACCUUUCUAAUGAAAUCCAACAGCUUAGGGAAUAUUUACUUGCAAUUAGAAAGGACUCAAAUCCAAAUGAAGACUGUAUUUGGAAUUCUGAACAUAAAGCAUUGUUAGAAACUAUUGAAGAUAAUGUUACUAGAAUUGCUAAUUUGGAACUCCAAUUAAAAGAAAACAACAAAGGUAUCAAAAGAUUUGAUAUUAAUGAUCAAGAUACGAAGAGCAUGCUUGAGAGAAUGUCCCAACUAGACAAAAAUAUGGAACAGCUUGGAAAACUUUACCAAAAAAUGGUUGAGCAAAAUGCAAAUCUUAAAUCACAAAGUCAACUGAACGAGAGGAGGUUAUUGAGGAAAGAAGAAAGAAUUGAACAACUUGAAAAGUCUCUAAUUAAUGCAAAGACGAAAUAUACAAAGUUAUUAAUGCAGUGUAACUCUUUAACCAAAACUAUUGAAAACAUCUCCAAACUAAAGCCUAUUUUUGCCAAGCUAGCCCCUCCUAAUAUUGUCAAAGGCAUUCAAGGAGGAGGUGGAAAGUCCUCUCUAGUAAAGGGUUAG